AAGUCGGAAACACGUGAUCAGUUGUUGUGAAAUGUGAUUGGCUGUUGCCGGUCCCUUUUGAACAGCGUCCUCUGAUUCGAUGCGGAGGGAAGUUCAAAAUUUCAGGAACAGGAAAACUAAAAGGUGCAACGAGCUACAAUGAUACGACAAGCGAAGGGUAAAACCCCCCGAAGGCCUCCAAAAAAGCCCUCCAGCAACCAGAAAGACCCAGUUGGAGUGUACUGCCGUGUACGACCCCUGGGUGCGGGGGAUGAGGAAUGCUGCAUUGAGGUGAUCAGCAGCUCCACCAUCCAGCUGCACGCCCCUGAAGGCUUCAAAACAAAUCGAAAUGGAGAGUACAAAGAGACCCAGUAUUCCUUCAAAAAAGUAUUUGGAGUGUCAGUGUCUCAGAUCGAGCUGUUUGAGCACGUGGCCAAACCUCUUGUCGACGACCUCCUCCAUGGAAAAAAUGGCCUGCUUUUUACCUAUGGGGUCACAGGAAGCGGAAAGACCUUCACCAUGACUGGCUCUCCAGGCCAGGGGGGUCUUCUUCCUCGCUCACUCAACAUGAUCUUUAAGAGCAUAGGGCCUUACCAGGCUAAGAGAUAUGUUUUUAAGACGGAUGACAAAAAUGGUAUGGAGGUCCAGAAUGAAGUAGAUGCUUUGCUGGAGCGCCAAAGGCGAGAAAACAACUUACCAGUUCAAAAGACUUCUUCCAGACAAAAGUUCGAUCCUGAAAUUGCUGACAUGAUAAAGCAAGAGGAAGACUUUGAAGCAGAUGGCAUUGAUGAGGACAGCAGCUACAGCAUCUUUGUGUCCUACAUAGAAAUCUACAAUAACUACAUCUACGAUCUACUGGAGGAAAAUCAGGAAGAUGCGAUCAAACCAAAGUGGAAUGGUGGAGGCACACCAGUGCGCCAGAACACUGAGUUCAUACCACCUCAGUCUAAAAUCCUCAGAGAGGAUCAUAACCACAACAUGUAUGUGGCAGGCUGUAUGGAGGUGGAAGUGAAGUCUGCUGAGGAAGCGUUCCAAGUGUUCUGGAAAGGUCAGAAGAAGAGAAAGGUUGCAAACACUCGUCUGAACCGAGAGUCCAGUCGCUCCCACAGUGUGUUCAUCAUCAAACUGGCUCAGGCUCCUCUUGAUGCAGAUGGCGACAACAUCCUCCAGGAUAAAAACCAGGUGAGUGUGAGCCAGCUGUGCCUGGUGGACUUGGCAGGAAGUGAGCGCACUGGAAGGACAGGGGCAGAAGGCACCCGUAUCCGCGAAGCAGGUAACAUCAACCAGUCCUUGCUGAAUCUGCGGACGUGCAUUGAGAUACUUCGAGAGAACCAGAUGUGUGGUACAAACAGGAUGGUUCCCUACAGAGACUCCAAAGUAACUCAUCUGUUCAAAAACUAUUUUGACGGAGAGGGAAAAGUCCGAAUGGUUGUCUGUGUUAAUCCCAAGGCAGACGACUACGAGGAAACAUUGCUGGUGAUGAGGUUUGCCGAGAUGACCCAGGAGGUGGAGGUGGCUCGGCCAGUGGACAGGCCCAUCUGUGGCUUCACACCGGGCCGCCGUCAAAGAAACCAGGCCUUCAAAGAGGAGCUGACUCGCAAGCUGGAGGAGCGUGGUCCAACAGGUAGGGAUGUGCCAACUAUCAUAAGCCACUUGGUGCACAGCCUCCCACCUCUACCAUCCUGUGAGCUGACUGACCCUCACGAUGACAUCACCCUGCCCAGACUGAUCGAAUCUCUGCAGAACAGACAAAGGAUCAGGCAGAUAAUGAUCGACGAGUACAAUCAAACAGCCAACACGAUGAGGACUAUGCUUCAAGAACUGGACAGUAAUCUCAUUUCCAACGACAAUUUUAUUCAUGAACAAAAUGGGAAGCUGAUGGAAAAGGACAAAAUCAUCCAGAACAACAAGGCAGAGAUUGAGCGCUUAGAAAAGAGAACCAAAAUGCAGGAACACAAGAUCGACAUCCUGCAAAAAACAACUAAAAUCUAUGAGGACGACAAGCGUUUACUGCAGCAGGAGCUGGGAACUCGAGACCAGAGGCUGCAUAAAGAGCAGUCAGAGAAGAGGCGCAUGGAGCAGCGCAUGCACGGCGUGGUCUCAGACACGCAGCACAAGUGGGAAAAAGAAUGUGACAGACGCGUUAAUGCCAUGCAGCUGCAGAUGCAGAACAAGCUCUGGGUGAAAGACGAGAAGCUGAAGCAGCUAAAGGCCAUCGUGACAGAGAGCAAGACUCCUGGUCGCCCUGAUCCUCCGCCACGUCAGACACAACCACAACGGCCUUCCAGAGAGGAACGACUUCCUGCAAAGAGAUCCGCCUCCCCCUCUCCUGUCCCUUCCUUUACCAUUUCUCCCCAGUGCCCUGUUGAUUGUCCACAUGCCAGCCCAAUACCAGUGCCAGUGCCAGGGCCAGUCAUUGCCACUAGAGUUGAGGAGGUUCACAUGAAUCCUGUCCAAAGCAGCAGCAUUAGUAGCUCUUGGUCUGUUGCUAGCUGUAUCUCUUCAUGGGAGCAGCGGCAGGCCCAGGACAGCAGGCAGGGCCAUCAAUCUCCCUGUACACCCAUGAGAACCCAGUCUCCUGCAGGCCCCUCAACAAGCCGGGCCAGGAGGAGAGCUGUGUGUUUUGGUAGAGAGGAGGAAGAGGCCAGAUCCCCAGCAAUUGAUCUAGACAUAACUGAGAGAAGCUACAUGACAACGACCCCUGUGCGGCCGCUACACCGGCGCUCCCGCUCUGCUGGCGGGGAGAAGUGGGUGGACCAUAAGCCCUCCUCCAGCUUGGACUUGGGUACAGUGUUGCAGCCUGUCAUUCCCAAUGCUAUCCAGGUGUCUGCACCCAGUGAGAAGGCCCUGUCUAAGUGUGACAGAUAUGUGCUCACACACCAAGAGGUCGCCUCUGAUGGCGAGAUAGAGACCAAACUUAUUAAGGGUGAGGUGAUUAGAACCAGAGGAGGAGGGCAGUCUGUCCAGUUUACAGACAUUGAGACACUGAAACAGGAGCUCACUACAGUCCCUGGCCGCAAAAGAAAAUCCUCAGAGGGGAAACCUGCUAAUGGAGCUCCAACGGAUGGAGCGUGGACUGAUGUGGAAACAAGGUGCUCAGUAGCUGUGGAGAUGAAAGCUGGAUCAAAGAUGGGUCCUGGCUAUGAGCAUCAUGGGAUUACCAAACGCAGAAAACCCUAAAUGCAGCGGACACUCCGUCUGCCCUCACCUGGCUGUUGUGCAAUAGUCUGAACUCUUUUUAUAUUUAGCUCUCGUGAUGAUAUUUAAACCUUCUCCAUGCUUUUUAUAUAUGCAAACAUGUUAUACAUGGGUUACCAAAGCUUUUUUGUAAACUAUAUUUUAUAUGUUUGUUAUGGAACCAAUAGAGGAAAAAAAAGUGUUGUUUGAUUCAGUUAAAGAUGGCAGCAAACAUGUAGUCUGCUGCUGAAAAGAGUGUUUGCACAUUUGUGUGUAAGGUAGUCACAUUUGUUACUUGGCACAUUAGGAGAGAUAGUGAAGCUGCCACAACACUGAUUUUUGUUGGCUGUGUCAUGUUUUUCUCCUCUUGAAUGGUUAAAUAUGGAGCUGCAAGUAGAGUUUGAAUGAUUAUCUGGUUCUCUGUGAAUGUCUUUCUCCAUAUGAUGAUGUUUCCAUCACUGCAAAAUAUGAUCUCUCCUGUCAUAGUAGUACACUGAGGAAUAAAAUUCCUUUGUUGCAUCA